AUGAAAGAUCUUGGACAUCUCAGCUAUUUCCUGGGUCUUGAAAUUACUCAUUCCACAUAUGGUCUUUAUAUUACUCAAGCCAAGUAUGCUUCUGAUCUGCUGUCUCAAGCCGGACUCACUAACAGUAAGAAUGUUGACACUCCAGUUGAACUUAAUGCGCAUCUGACACCCUCCGGGAGGAAACCAUUGUCCAAUCCUUCUCUUUACAGACGAUUGGUUGGCAGCUUAGUUUAUCUCACAGUUACUCGUCCAGACAUCUCCUAUGCUGUUCAUCAGGUGAGCCAGUAUUUGUCUGCUCCACGAUCAACUCACUAUACUGCUGUUCUGCGCAUUCUUCGAUACCUGAAGGGUACCAUUUUUCAUGGCCUUUUCUACUCAGCUCAAUCUCCUCUUGUACUCCGUGCAUUCUCUGAUGCUGAUUGGGCAGGAGAUCCUACUGAUCGCAGGUCCACUACAGGUUACUGCUUCCUUCUUGGUUCUUCUUUGAUUUCUUGGAGAAGUAAGAAACAAACUUUUGUGGCCCGCUCCAGUACUGAAGCAGAAUAUUGUGCCCUUGCCGAUACCACAUCUGAGCUCCUUUGGCUAAGAUGGCUUCUUAAGGAUUUGGGUGUGUCCACCUCCUCUACUACUCCCCUUUAUUGUGAUAACCAGAGUGCCAUUCAUAUUGCUCACAAUGAUGUCUUUCAUGAACGGACUAAACACAUCGAGAUUGAUUGUCAUUUUAUCCGUUAUCAUCUUGUCCAUGGUGCUCUUAAGCUUUUCUCCGUCUCCUCCAAAGAUCAGCUUGCAGAUAUCUUCACCAAGUCACUUCCUACAAGACGCACUUGUGAUUUAAUUGACAACCUCAAGUUGGUCUCACAUCCACCUUGA